AUGCCGUCAAACUCGCCCUUGGCCAUGUGCUCGUUCUUCUUCAUCUCCUUGAAGGCCUCACGGGCCUUUUCCUUGCACAGGUCUGCGUACGGGAUGCCGCCCAUCUGCAUGACGAUGUGCGACUCGAUGGGCGGGGAGUCAUCCAGCUCGUAG